AUGUCAGCCAACGAUAGUGAACAGUUUGAUACCGCACCAAACGAAUUUGUUGAUGCUUUGGAAACCAAUAUACAUAUUGACCCACCGAAUCAAGCUCAAUCAAAAAUCGAUGAGUCUAGUAGAAAGGAAAAAAAUAACAAUGAUCUAGGCGUCGAAAUGACCAGCGUUGAUCCUGCUUUAACAGGUGAGGAUAUGAAUGAGGCUCACACUAAAGAGACUGCUGCAGAACAAAAUGGUGAAAAAGGCAUUUUUAAUGGUAUGGUAUUCUAUCUUAACCGCGAUUCCAACGCCCAUGACUCGAUUAUAAUUGUAGAGCAAUUGAAAAAUUUAAUUUUAUUAAAUGGAGGUGAUAUUGUGAAUAAACUACCAAAUAAGGAUUCUGCAGAAGCAAAGCACAUUAUCGUGGUUUCUCCAUACAACAAUACUGAAUUAAAAACUGUCACAUCUACUUUCAUCCGGGCAUGCGUCCAGAGCAACAAAUUACUGGACAUGAAAAACUAUUUAGUACCAUAUGAUAGUUUUAAUGCGCUUUUGGAUGAUGCGAUGUCCCCACCAUCAAGACAAGAACCAACAAUUUCUGAAUCCAGUUCUGUAAACGAAGGGCAACCUACAGCUUCGAAACCUCCACCCCAAAAUAUUGCAAACAAAAGAGAUAUCCCAACAAAAAAGGUAUCUGCAAAUACUGGAGUUAGCAAGACAUCAUUUACUGAAGAAGAAGAUGAAUUUAUUUUAGAUGUCGUUAGGAAGAAUCCCAUGAGACGUACUACACACACAUUAUUUGAUGAAAUUUCCCACUAUGUACCAAAUCAUACAGGUAACUCAAUUAGACACAGAUUUAGAGUGCACCUAUCUAAGCGUCUAGAUUUUGUCUACCAGGUCGACCAGUAUGGUAAACUUGUCAGGGAUGAGAAUGGUAAUCUAAUAAAAACAAAAGUUUUACCUCCAUCAAUAAAGAAGAAGUUCACAGCCGAUGAGGACUAUGAGCUCGCAAUUGCAAUUAAACAACAGUUUUACAAGGACAUUUACCAGUUAGACCCGGUCACUGGUCAGUCUUUGAUUUCAGACAAUGAUCCACCAGCGCGUGUAGCCAAAAGGCAAAUGAUGAUGGAUCCUAACGUACAACGAGGAUCUGAGCCCCCAUUUAGUAAAUACAGGGUGGGAACUAGAAGAGGACCAAUUGCUAGGGAGUUCUUUAAACAAUUUACAGAAAACCAUCCAACUCAUACGGAGAGUGCAUGGAGAGAUAGGUUUAGAAAAUUUUUGUUAGAGUAUGGAGUCGACAAAUACAUUGAAUACUAUGAAACACAGAAGGCUAACAAUGACGAGCCCGAAGCCAUGAAAAAUUUGACAAUUAGAACUAAGAGAGACAACUUUCCAACUCCAGGAAACUAUGGUAAUGCUGCCAAGAGACAGAAAUAUGAAGUUUCCUCAAAUGUCGAAAAUACAUUGAAGUCUAAAGGCCAAGCCGGUGAUAUUCCUGAUGCUGAAUUACUAGAUGAGGAUACAAUGAAGUUUAUAUCUUCCUUGAAAAAUGAUCUGUCUAAAAUUGAUAACAACUUUGGCUUUGACUACACAAACGAGAUAGCUGAAGCUAUAAGGAACGAUUUUUCUGAGGAGGAAGCCAUAUACGAUAAUAUAGAUCCGAACACCAUACCGUUCCCACCCCCAAUUGCCACCAUCGAUUUAUUCCUACCGCAGUUUUUCAGGAUGUCUAGCACACAAGAGUUUAUAGAAAAGAUUAGAGAGAUAAUACAAAGGGAUUACGAACCAUCUCAGGCUGAGCUUCUGAUGCAAGAUUUGAAUGACGAAGCUGGGAUUAGAAAGACAUUUACCAGUUCCAUAUUAGGUUCUCUAUCUGGUGAUCUAAUGGUGCUUCCAAGGUACUUCUUAAACAUGUUCUCCAAGAAUCAAAACCCGCCAAUUGACAUCCCUGGUAUAUGGACUUCUGGGGAUGACGAUAUUUUGAGGAGAGGUGAUGAAGCGGAGGUCAGCAAAUUAGUAAAGAGACAAGGUGCUGGGCGUGUUGAAAUGCGGAAGAAGUUUUUGGAGAGAAAUCUGAUAUAA